UUGCUGUGGGCGGUGGCAUCUUAAUUACCCUUCCAGGCUGUAAUAGCGAGUUAAUAAAAGUAGUUGUGAUUCAACCGAUGAUUAUCAUAUUUAGUACAUUAUUAGGAGACCUUUCCCCAAAGAUUUCUUCCCACGACUUGAGGAAAUACCAACCGCCAUUGUUACCGAUCGGUUGUGACUUUCAGCUGGGGAAUUUCCGGAGUUAUCGACUGGUAUACGCUGCCAGACUUUUUGGUAGAUCCCCGAACUUGGACACGCAUUCGUAUCGGGUUACUCCAAGAACGAACUGUGUGAUGUGGCAGAGCUGAAACCAUAUCUUGAAAGCAAAGACGCUCAGUGCCAGUGUAUUGCCAGCCAAACUCCACCGAGGGACAGUCGUCUGCUGAGGAUGUCGUCUGCGACUUUACUUUGUUUUGUAUUUGUUUUAUCAGCAAUUUCUCUCCAAGAUAUUCUGGCCGUCGAAAAUGAUCUGAUGGUUGUGACAGUGGCAACAGAUGAGACUGAUGGCUUCAAGCGCUUCCAGAGAUCAGUGAAGAAGUAUGGAUUGCAGUUAAAGGUGCUUGGAAUGGGAGAAGAGUGGGACGGUGGUGAUGUUGCCAACUACGCAGGUGGAGGACACAAGAUCAACCUGCUGGCUGAAGGGCUGAAGAAGUACCAGGACAGGGAGGACCUGAUGCUCAUGUUUGUAGACAGCUAUGAUGUCAUCUUCAACAACGACCCAGACACCAUCAUUGAAAGGUUUAAGAAGUUUGAUGCAAGGAUAGUGUUUUCAGCAGAGGGAUUCUGCUGGCCUGACAGGAGCCUGCAGGAUCAGUAUCCAUCUGUGACUAUUAAUGAGAAGAGGUUUUUGAACUCUGGAGGUUAUAUAGGGUAUGCCAAGGACAUGUACGAGAUGAUCACACAUGAGUCUGUGAGCAACCGAGAUGACGACCAACUCUACUACACUAAGAUCUUCCUGGACAAGAACUUGAGGGACAAGUGGAGGAUUAAGCUUGACACUAGGUCAGAAAUCUUCCAGAAUCUUAAUGGUGCUCUUGGUGAAGUUGUCAUCAAGUCACUGGGGACCCGCAGUUAUCUCUACAACCUCAAGUCAGGCACCUCCCCCACCGUCAUACAUGGGAAUGGACCAAUCAAGGCGGAGUUCAACCGUAUGGCCAACUAUCUUGCUGAUGGCUGGACAAUCCAGAAUGGAUGUCAAAGUUGUGAGGAAGAUACCAUCAGUCUAGAAGGGCUCAAGGAGGAGGACUACCCGACAGUGCUUGUUGCCCUGUUCAUUGAGAGACCAACACCAUUCUUGGAGGAGUUUUUUGAAGGAGUAGCCAAUCAGAACUACCCAAAGUCCAGGAUCGACCUGUAUGUUCACAACUUGGAAGACAUUCACAGAAAGACAGUGGAGGUGUUCAUCGAUGAAUAUCAGGAUGAUUACCAGUCUGUGACAUCCAUAGGACCUUAUGAUGGAGUUGGAGAAGCCAUGGGCAGGAACUGGGCCAUAGCUGAGUGUAUCAAGAAGAACUGCAAUUAUCUGUUGGUAAUGGACUCUGAUGCCCGAUAUGAGGAACCAGAAACUUUGAAACUGCUUAUUCAGCAAAACAGGUCUGUGAUAGCGCCGCUGGUGGCGAGAGUGGGCAAGCUGUGGUCCAACUUCUGGGGUGCCCUGGGAGCAAAAGGAUUCUAUGCCAGAUCUGAAGAUUAUGCAGACAUAGUGGAGACUAAGAAAGUGGGCCUGUGGAAUGUGCCAUUCAUCAGCUCCACAUACCUGGUGCAGGGACAGAGACUGCCCAACCUCAGGAACGCAUACUCCAUCAACUCCGAACUGGACCCAGACAUGUCCUUCACCAAACAUGUCCGAGAUCAGGGCGCCUUCAUGUAUGUGACAAACAGACAGCACUAUGGACACCUGGUAGAGUUUGACCACUAUGAGACGGACCACUAUGUCAAUGACAUGUUCGACAUGUUCAACAACCCCAUGGAAUGGGAGAAAAGGUACAUUCACGCUGACUAUGCCAAGGCUUUGAAAGAAGAUGCUGACGUUUUGCAGCCAUGUCCUGAUGUAUUUUGGUUCCCUGUUGUAACUGAACGAUUUUGUCAAGACUUCAUAGACACAAUGGAAAACUAUGGACAAUGGUCAGGUGGAAAAAAUAAGGACCCCAGACUUGCCACUGGCUAUGAGAAUGUCCCUACUGUAGACAUACACAUGAACCAAGUGGGCUUUGAGAGACAUUGGCUGCAUUUCCUGCACAAAUAUGUCCGCCCCCUGCAGGAAAGAGUCUUCGAAGGUUACUUCCAUGAUCCUCCCCAUGCUAUCAUGAACUUCAUCGUGAGGUACAAGCCUGAUGAGCAACCGCUGCUGCGUCCACACCACGAUUCCUCCACCUACACCAUCAACUUGGCCCUGAACACUCCUGGCCUGGACUACGAGGGUGGUGGCUGCCGUUUUAUUCGCUAUGAUUGCAAGGUGACAGCUGCCCGGAGAGGCUGGAUGUUGAUGCACCCAGGUCGACUGACCCACUACCAUGAAGGACUAAGGGUGACCAAUGGCACAAGGUACAUCAUGAUCUCCUUCGUCGACCCAUAGAUGCCAGGCCAUCAGUCCUUACAGUUCUUUCACUUGAUUAUUGUUGAGUUAAGCAAGAAACAUUAGAUCACAUGAAAUCUGCUCAGUUUAGCCCUGGCAUUGUCACACGUGGGUUUAGAUUGUAGACAGGAUCUAUCAUCUAAUGCACCACCGGAUGCCUGAAUAUGCGUGUUAAUUAUGUUUUCUGACAUAAUGCAUAUUUUGAUCUGAAGAAAAGCAAUAUAUAUUUUCUCAUGUUUAAUAUACCAAGUCAGAAACACUGCAUUCAAUACAAUUAACUUAGGCAUUGAUAUACUGGCUGUAUACAAGUAAAAUAGCUUGUUUUGUAAACAAAACUGUCAGAAAUAAAAAACAGAAUGUUUGCAUUAGGAGAUAAACGUCAUAGGGUUUCAGAUUUGCAGGCUUUAUUGAAUAUUCAAUGCCCAGGAAAUUUCCUUUUGAACUGGCAGUGUUAUCUGGAGGUUUCAAAUGUUAAACUUUCUGGGUAUCGAAAACUCAAUCCCCAUUUUCUGAAGCACUCUCUCUAUGUGAACUCACACAUUUGUGAGACAAACAUGACGUCACUCUGGAAUGAUAUGACAUCACCCUGGGAUGCCUUGGUGUAAUGAUACUAUGGAUGACGUCAUAUGCUUCCGUGAUAACCUGGUUAGCAGAAAGUGCAAAAUAUAAAAACCUCAAAAGAUGUUCUGAUAAAUAUUGAUGUUUAAUUAAGGUGGUACCUAUUUGACCUAUUUAGAACAUUUUUUUUAUCAAGAAAAGUAUUCAUGAGCUGUGAAUGGGUCACAUUUCUAGGCUUAGAAUCCCAUUUAAUCCCAUUUUUCAACCAAUCAGAUUGUAGCACACACUCCCUUUUGGUCUAUCAAAACCACAACAGGAAUACAUAGUAUGGAUAAACUGGAAUAUGAAGAGAUAUGAAUACUAUUGUUGAAAACAUACCAUGCGAUAAUUUACAGUAGAUUCAACAGAUGGCAAUAUAAGGUGGUGGGAGUACAAACCAUGAGCGAUAGAUCACCUUCAAACACAGAUCUGCAUUGCCAGUAAUAUACAUGUAUCUGUACAUUGUAAUCUUAAGAAACUAAUCCUGAAAUAAGUAAUUAGUUGAAUCCUUUUUCUUUGGACCAAAAUUUGAACAAAGUGCUGAUUGUACUCCACGGUGAGCUAUGCCAUCAUUGCUAUCAGAUGGUGUCUGGCAUGCCAUGCUCCGCUCCGCUGCUUCCAUAGAGGAGCCGAGUUCCAUAGAGCUUUACGAGAAAGGUGGUGCUAUUCAUUCUCUGUAUCUCCAGGGCUCGCAUUUCAAUAAACCUACACUAACCCUUGGAUCAAUUCCCGUGGUUCUCGCAAUCUUAAAUUACCUGCCCUUUAUUUUCAUUGACAUUUUACCGACCAAUAAACCGUUGAUAUAAGGAAAAGGAAAAAUGGUAAGGGAGGUAACUCGUAUUUGUCUAGAAACCAAAGCCACCACUAGUUUUAGUGGACACGAAGACAUCCUUUCAAUCAAAAUGUUUUUAAGGGCUUUCUUUUGCGUGUCAGACAGUUUUCAAUGUUGAAUUUCUUGCAAAUACUAUCGCAAACAGUGGGAUUGGCCAGUAUGUUAUGAUAUCGCCAACUUAACAUUGAGGCUGUUUUUUAAUUCGCUUUCUCAUUGGUACGUUAGACCUAGUAACGUAGCCAAUCAAAUUGGCUGAGGGGGUUCAAGGGUGGGUAAUUUGAGAUUGCGAGAAUCACAGGAUGGGUCCAGGGGUUAGUGAAAUGCUAGCCCUGGAGAUACAAAGGAUGGGUGCUAGUUAAGAGAGGUGGAACUAGUUAAAUCUACAAAGUCACAUGUUUAUUUAGGCCAACAAGGUCAGGUGCACACAUCAAUCAAAUGACAUUUAAGUUACCUGUCUUUGUGAUAUGUCCAUUUAACAGAACAUAAAAAAGAUGCAAAUCCAUUUGUCUAAUGUAUAAUAUAUUUUACUUUAGCAUUUACACAAUUAUUACAAUGAAAACAUGCAUUGAACACUGGUAUGAUGUGUGUUCUGGAAUAGAUGAGCAGAUUGAUGUGAUUAAAUCAUUAUCAAAACAUUGAUACUGCCAAGGAAAGCAAGAUGUGUGAAAAUGUUUGAAACUGUUGUAAUGAAUGUGAAAUUGUGAUAAGCAAUUGUAGUGGUAGAUGAUUUCAAAAUUGCUUAUUCAGGUGAAUCUCUGUUUUAGCAUUUAAAUAUAGCAACAAUAUCAGAAAGAAUGAGUGUAUGUUUAGAUUAGGUGGGUAGAUUGUUAAACUGCUGCAAGGGAACUAUUUCAAGAUUUCAAAUGGUGCUACUAUGCUUAUCUAUUUUGUGCAGAUACUUUUAUGUCUUUUCUUGUAUCAUGUUUGUAUCCGAUGUUAGCAAUGGUGUUGAGUUCCUAUAUACAGCUGUACAGUCAAUACAGCCACAAACAUUAAUAGGAAACGGCCUACAUUUGAGGAUGUAUUUUCACAGCAACAUGUUAAUUUGAUGACACUACUGUUUGUUAACUUGUGAGUACACAUUGUGUUGGUGAAUGAAGCACUGCAGUCUGUACAGUGGAGCUCUAUGUACACACACAUGUACUGGGAAUGUAUGAUGAAUGCAUGUAACCUUGUAAGUGCCCCAUUGACAUGUACCCAUCAGACAAUAUGCUGGCCAGUCACUGUGAAGCAAAGAAUUAUUACAUAACCAUAUCAUUCAUUUUCAAAUAAUGUUGUUCUGAAGGUUAAUCUUGGUGGCAAUGUGGCUAUCAUGUACAUCACCAUUCGAACCCUCCUUCAAAUAUGGUUUUGCUUUAAGAUAGGUUUACAAAUGUUUUAUGUUCUCUUUGAUAAUCACACUUAAUUGAAGGGGUCACGGGUGGCCGAGUUGUCUAAGGUGCCCCAAUUUGCUGAGCUCAGUUGCAUUUCUCAGGCACACCAGAAACCUUUGAUUGUGGGUUCGAAUUGUGGUUCACCCUAAUUGUUUCUAGGUUUGUCAGUACCAUACCCUUACUUGUGGGUUUCACCAAAGUGGUAACGUCCGCGACCUGCCUCAAUUUGGGCUUUUCUCCCACAUUAAGUGGACAUACGGUGAUAUAACUGUAAUAUUGUUCAAAGCGGAGUUGAACUCACUCACUCACUAAACUGAAGUGCAGCAUGGAUGCUUGUCAUCAACACAACAUGUGGUCAUGUCUGGGAUACAAACACUGACACUUGCAUCACGUUUUGAUAUGAGAGGAAGAGGACCAGGGCCUUCCCUGCCUUGUUUUGCACAGAAUACCGAAGUUGAAAUACAACUUGUUUCUAUUUCACACAUAGCAGUGCAUGCUAUGUCUGUUUGGUCACAGUGAUGACAGCUGGAACCAUGUCCGUCCUAUGUGUUGUAUACAUGUAUAUUUGACAAUGUGCCACUAGGGGGACAUUUAUGUUUGAGAUCAGCAUAUUUUUGUUAAGAUUUAGCUAAAUCCCCACCAUGUAUUCUGUGGAUACUUUUGGAUACUUUAUAUAGGGCACACUAGUUCUGUAACUUAGCUUUCCCAGGUGUGAUAUUGUGUACUGUUCUUGAUAUUGAGAUGUCUAUUUCAUGUUUUCAUGUCCUUGUUAGUAACUGGCUUACAUUUAAAUUUUCCUUGCUUGUAAAUUACAGCGGGAUCAAUGUCUUGUUAUUGUCUUCCAUAAGUAACAUGUCCUUACAUAUUGUCUUCUGAUGCCCACAUCCUGCAACUACUGUGUAAGUAGGUCAUUAGACUGAGAUGAUCCAAUUUAAUACAUUAAAUAAUUUCUUCAGAUUUUAUAUGAAAAUAAUUGAUCACACUGGAAAUCUUUAUAUUUCUGUACAAAAUAUAUGUUACCAGUAAUAAAACAUGGAACUGG